AUGUCUCAGCUUGGCGUAAGUUCUCAUAAUGGUGGAAGUAUUCAAUCCUUACCUAAAUGAUUUCUUCCUUCAGGCAAACAACAACUGUCACGAACAAGACGUUUCGGAAAACCGUUCCAAUGAAAGUUUUGAAAAUGGCCACAGUGAACACGAUUGGGAUACUUCGUUCAAUUCCGAUGUUUCUUGCGAUGUAAGUUGUGAAUAUAACUACAAAAAACUAACAUAUUUUUAUAGUACUUACCGGUUCAAAGAGGGACGGCCGACGAUCCGAUUUGUUUAAGUGAUGACUCAGUGAGUGAUAAUAUAAACAUAACUUAUAAGGUUAUUGAAGUAAAACCCCCCAUUUAAAAAUAAAAAUAUCCUAUUCACUCAUUUGUAAAAAUGUAGAGAAAUGUCAAGAAGUGUCGAGAAACCUCUCUUUUGUUGAGUUUUUCGGCAUUUCUCGACACACCUUGAAUAUGAUAUUUUUGUUUUUGAGUGUUUUUUAACAUCGGUUUCACUUGAAUAAACUUAUCAGAGAAAACCUAAAAAGUUUCCUCAUCUCAAUAAUGAAAAUUUCUAUAAAAAUGUAUUCUCAUCUACAGUGCGUUUCAUAAUGAUAGGUUCACCCCCAAAAUUUCUGAAAUCAGCCGAGGUGUGAGUUGUAAUAACAAUCCGAGUUAAAAAUAAAAAAGAGCACACAAAAUUAGCUAAGAAAACUCAAUUUUAUCUGAAACUACCAAAUAAUAAAAAAAUAAAUGACCGGAGUUCAAAAAUUUCAAAAAUUUAGCGUUUCAAAACGAUAGGUUCACCCGCAGUAGUACUGUAGUUAUGUUUCGUGGUAGGAGUUUUAUCGAAUAUUCUGGAAAAUACGAGUGAUAUUUGAUUAUUUUAACGUGUUUCUGUUUUUGUUCUCGUUUUUUCACGUCAUUCAUCAAUGUCGCGGGGAAGUCAUCUUACAAAAGAGGAACAAGCUCAAAUUAGAGCAUUCAAAAUCGCCGGAUGGUCCAAUAGAAUGAUUUCGUCAAAAUUGAAACGAUCUCUCAACUGUAUUAAUCAAUUUGUCAACAAUCCGGAUCACUAUGAGCGAAUGAAAAACACUGGAGCUCCCAAAAAACUCACGGAGAGAGAUAAACGAGGGAUUGUUAGGUUGGCUUCGAACACAAUGAAAUCGUGUAAUGACAUCAAAAACGAGCUGGGUUUGAAUAUCAGUAAGACUACAGUUUGGAGAGCCAUAGACCAAUCCCCAGAAAUCGUUCGAGCCAAAUUGGUGCCAGCUCCGCGUCUCACACUUCGCCACAAAGACAACCGUCUUACUUUCGCAAAAGCCAACAUGGCCACAGAUUGGGAUAAGGUAAGUAAUUUUUCUAAAAACAUCAAAUAUUGAUGUUUUCUUGUUCAGAUAAUUUUUUCUGACGAAAAAAGUUUAAUCUUGAUGGUCCGGAUGGUUACAACUCAUACUGGCAUGAUAUCAGAAAGGAUCAACUUCGCUUCCCAAAGAGAAAUUUUGGAGGAGGACGGGUUAUGUGUUGGGGCGCAUUUUCUGCAGCUGGAACGUUAAAAAUAGCUUUUGUUUCAUUCAAGAUGGAUUCGUUAGAUUACCAAAAAACCCUCCAUGACUAUCUUUUGCCAUAUUUGAGGCGGUUCCGGACCAGAAAGUUCACUUUUCAACAGGAUAAUGCUGCCAUCCACGUCAGCCAAUCAUCAAAAGAUUGGUUCAAAAGCCACAAAAUCAAAGUUUUGGAUUGGCCAGCGUGUUCUCCUGAUCUUAAUCCGAUGGAAAACGUAUGGGGGAGCUCGUUCGCCGAGUUUAUGCUCAAGGAAAAAAUAUGAUACUGUGGACCAACUCAAAGAUGCCAUCGAGACGGAAUGGAAUAAAAUCGAUAAGAACUACCUCAAGAGACUUGUUGACUCGAUGCCAAAUCGUCUCUAUGAUGUCAUUUCUAAACAUGGAGGUCCAACUAAGUAUUGAUUUUCGAUUAUAUGUCUCCAAUGGGAAUUCUGGAUUAGGUGAACCUAUCGUUUUGAAACGCUAAAUUUUUGAAAUUUUUGAACUCCGGUCAUUUAUUUUUUUAUUAUUUGGUAGUUUCAGAUAAAAUUGAGUUUUCUUAGCUAAUUUUGUGUGCUCUUUUUUAUUUUUAACUCGGAUUGUUAUUACAACUCACACCUCGGCUGAUUUCAGAAAUUUUGGGGGUGAACCUAUCAUUAUGAAACGCACUGUAAAAGAGGAUAUUUAAUUUUCAAAGCUCAAAAUGAAUUAUACAAAAACAUUUUCAGAGAAACACUAGUUUUGGUUCGGGAAAUCAGUCACCAAUAUAUGCACCAUCUUCGCCAGAUUACCAUUUGAAUAACCGUUCGCCAGUUUAUACUGAAAAUGCUCCGCCAUCGUAUGAACCACAAGAUAGUGGUUCUUAUCGACGGACGUUUGACCGAGAGGGAAUUCCGCUUCGAGACGGUUAUGAUAAUGUGAGCCAUUUUUUAGAUAAAUAUACUCAAUAAAAAUUAUUAUGAAAAAUUUCAGGUUCAAUCUCCAAUAUAUGAUCCAUCCAGUGGCGGUUACUACCCGAGUUAUGAUGAUGGAAGUGCUUAUAGAGUAAGUUUAUCGAAAUUUCAUAUUUUCCUUACCUCAAUAAGUACACCCUAAUAAGAAUUUCUAUAAAAAUGUAUUUUUAUCUGAAAGAGGAGGUUUCGUUCAGUAUGUUUUAUCGGUAUGCAAAAAUGAGCGGAUAAAUAAACUGCUUGUCGCUUUUCGUAUUCUACCUUUUUAACGUCGAGCGCAAAUUUUUCGCGUUUGUGCAUCAAACAUGAAAAAAAUCCAUAAAAAUUUGAAACACACUAUACGAAACCUCCUCUUUCGGAUGAUACUAAACUUUUUCUGACCAUAUUUUUCCCAAAACCCCGAUUUAACUUUGAUAUUUAAUUUUCAAACUUCAAAAUGAAUUAUACAAAAACAUUUUCAGAGAAACACUAGUUUUGGUUCGGGAAAUGAGUCGCCAAUAUAUGCACCAUCUUCGCCAGAUUACCAUUUGAAUAACCGUUCGCCAGUUUAUACUGAAAAUGGUCCGCCAUCGUAUGAACCACAAGAUAGUAAUUCUAAUCGGCGGAUGUUUGACCAAGACGGAACCCCGCCUCGGGACGGUUAUAAUAAUGUGAGCCAUUUUUUUAAUAAAUAUACUUUAGAAAAAAUUAUUUUGAAAAAUUUCAGGUUCGAUCUCCAAUGUAUGAUCCAUCGAGUGGUUACUACCAGAGCAAUAAUGGUGGAAAUGACAAUGAGGUAAGUUUAUUGAAAUUUAAUAAAAUAUGUAGAAAAAAACAUUAUUAUUACAGAAUAGCCAAGAAUAA